GGGCGCGCGCGGGGGGAGCGGAGCGCGCGGGCAGGUGCGGCCGCGAUGGCGCCGAGCGCGGCCGGGACAGAGCCCGCGAAGUCGGAGUGGGAGCGGUUCCACUACGAUUACGACUCCCUGCGCCUCGGGGGUCUCGUCGUGGCCGGGAUCUUCUUCGUGCUCGGGAUCCUCCUCAUCCUCAGCCGUCACUGCCGCUGCAAGUUCGACCAACAGCCCAAGACGGGGGAGCCGGACGAGGCCGAGGGGCCCCUGCGGCAAUCCAUGAGGCGUCUCUCCACGCGCAUGAGAUGAAAUUUUGGGAUCCCCGAAUUUUGGGGGCCGGACUCGCCGGAGCCUCCCCCACCCCAAAAAUCCCAAAAUCCCAAAUGCUGACCCAAAACAUCCCAAAAAAUCCCCAAAAAAUCCCAAAAAUCCCCAAAUCCCAAAUCCAAACCCCAAAAUCCCCAAAUCCCAAAUCCCCACCCCAAAAAUCUGCCCAAAAAUCUCCAAAAUAUCAAAAAUAUCCCUGAAAAUUCCCCGAAAAUCCCCAAAAUCCCAAAUCCUCCCCCCAAAAAUCCCAAAAAAUCCAAAUGCUAACCCCAAAAAUCCCAAAAAGAUCCCAAAUCCUGACCCCAAAAUCCCCAAAUUCCCAAAUUCUAACCCCAAAGAAUCCCAAAUCCAGACCCCAAAAUCCCAAAAAAUCAAAAAAAAUCCCAUAAAAUCCCAAAUUCUGACCCCAAAAAUCCCCCAAAAAUCCCCAAAAAUCCCAAAUCCAGACCCCAAAAUCCCAGAAUGGCCCCAAAUCCCCAAAAUCCCCCAAAUUUCCCCCAAAUCCCCCGCAAUAAAGGAGGCCCCUGCUGCUGACCGCCGGAA